ACCAUCUCUCCAAAAACGAAAUCAUAAACGCUUACCAGGGACAUCAUCGAUUUUCUACACCAAAUUAAAAGAAACCUAUAAGUUAUAGAUUUGCUACACCAAAUUGAAAUAAAAUCAAUCUCUUCAACCUUAAGUCCUUGGCUAUUUCCACGUACACGAGUGUGGCCAAAUAAUUCCACGACAUUUGCGGAUGUCGCGGUAACCUAAAACACAAAAAAAAAAGAGAUUGCAAUAUUUCGGAGAUAAAAACCCUCAAAAAUGCCGCCUGGAACGCAAAUUGCCAGCGACAGCGAUAUGGAGACCGCUCUGGAGGAGUUCAAGCAGCGCCAGGGACGCCGCAACAGCAUCGGCUCGGCCAAGUACGCGUGCAGCAUGCCCAAAUGCGAGGCCACAUUCAAGCGGCUGGACCAAUUGGAUCGCCAUGAGUAUCAUCACACAGGGAUUAAGAAGCACGCCUGCUCGUACGAGGGUUGCGACAAGACGUACUCGAUUGUGACGCACUUAAAGAGGCAUCUGCGCAGCACCCACGAGCGUCCGGAGUCGGCGGCCAAGAAGACGGUGAAGUGCGCGCUGGAGGAGUGCAGCAAGAUGUUCAUCUCGGUUAGCAACAUGACCCGCCACAUGCGCGAAACCCACGAGAGCCCAAAGGUCUAUCCGUGCAGCCAGUGCAGUGCCAAAUUCUCGCAAAAGCUCAAGCUGAAGCGCCACGAGAUCAGGGAGCACACGCUGGAGUAUCCGUACAGCUGCUCGAAGUGCUCGCGCGGCUUCUACCAGCAGUGGCAGUGCCAGAGUCACGAGCCCAGCUGCAAGCUGUACGAGUGUCCCGGCUGCCCGCUGCAGUUCGACAAAUGGACGUUGUAUACGAAGCAUUGUCGCGACUCGUUGCACGGCAAGAAUCGCCAUAAGUGCGACCGCUGCGAUAGUGCCUUCGACAAGCCGAGCGAACUGAAGCGUCACCUCGAGGUGAAGCACAAGGAGGCGGCGCAGACGGAUGAGUGCGCCACCUCCUUCACCUGCAACGAGGAGGGAUGCGGCAAGAGUUACUCGUACCUCAGGAAUCUACGCCAGCACAUGCUCACCGCCCACUCGGGCAGGCGUUUCGAGUGCCAGGCCUUGGACUGCGGCCGCUGUUUCAGCAGUGCGCAGAAUCUGGCGAGACAUCUGCUCAGGGAUCACAAAGAUGGUGCGACGAAAAAGGAAUUGAAAGCCAAGAAGAAGGACAAGAGUAAGACUGGAGAAGGGGGCAAAACUAAGUCCACAUCCCGCAAGCGACGACGCGAUGCUGGACGCAGCAAACAUUCGAGGCUAUCCAAACUGGCCUGCCUGCAAUUGGACAAGGAAGAUGAUGAGGCGGUGCGCGAGCGACAGCCUUUGGUCCUCGAAAAGAUCACCCAGUCGCUGAAGGAUGACCCCGUCGAGGAGCUGCUGGCACAGACCCUGCAGGAUGAAGAGGAAAAGGAGCAGGAGUAGAGCAAAAGGCCAUUCAAAGGGACGGGAGUGAGAAGGUCUGGUCAAGAGGCUAACAAUUGAAUGACUACUUUAAUUUAAACCACAACUUCUAAAAGAGAAACAACUAAUUUAUCAGUAAAUACUUAGGAUUUGCGUUCAGAAACAUCCGAAAUUGCAUUAAUUUGCAUAAAUUAGUAAGCUAUUAUUAGUAGUAUUCGCCUGGAGCGAAUUAGUUUAUUUACUUUAAGCUUACAGUUGCAAACAUUCCCUGACUUCAACUAGAGUUCCGAAACUCUCGGGCAUCCAGAGAGAAAACCAAUAAUAUCCAUUGUGUAUAUACGCGCAAAACUAAAUAAAAUAAACUCCUCUAAGUAAAAAUAAGAAC